AUGUCUAAUUCUUUCGAGUUCGACGAAGACGAUUUCGAAAAAUUUAUUAGGGGCCAUUACCACCCAUCAAGAAUGGGCAUAUCGAUGAUUGUGAGCGUGGUGACCACGGUGCUGGUGCUGGCCAUCAUAAUAGCCUGCUGUUGCCGGCGGCGGAACCGCGGGCAGGUGCUGUCGCCCCCUCCCGCCGCCCCCGCGCCGAUGCCUCCUGGCCCCGCGCCCUACCCGCAACAGGAGUACACCCCUUAUCCAGUUCCAGUAGUGACCGCUUAUCCGGUCGCGUCGGCUGCCCCCUAUCCAGCCGCAGGGGCACCGUACCCCACUGGGUCCCCGUACCCUAUGGCGGGGGCGCCCUACCCUACGGUGGGGGCGCCGUACCCUACCAGCGGUGCGCCUUACCCGGUGGCAGGGGCACCAUACCCUACCGGAGGGUCCCCAUACCCUACCGGAGGGGCCCCAUACCCUGCGGGCGCACAGCCCUCCGCUCCGAGUGCACCAGAAGCAAAUGCCUUCUUUGGCAUGGCGGCGCCUGGCUGGCACCCGCAAGCACUCCCGCCUUCGUAUGAGCAAGCAGUUGGAAAGCACCAU